UCUCAUCUGAAUCGCUGCUGCCGUACCAUCUCCGCUCUCUCUAUUUAUAGAGAACCCUCCGAUUCUUUCGCCGGCUCCGGGCCUUCUCCGUCUCCCUAGGUUCUCUUGGAUUCCUUGUUAUCUGGGAGUUUGAAGGCCCUCUCCGCGUUAAAGCCUUCAGUUUUUUGGAGUUUGAGCAGCCUUUUCGCUAUUCAAUCAUCGAUUUGGAGCCCUGAUUUGAAUUUCUUAUCUUGUGAGGAAUCUUUGAUCCUUAGGAGUUUCCUUCUGUGAUAGCCUAUAGCGAUAAUGGAGGGUGAAGAAAUGGUGGGGAUUUGCACGGGCGAACAUGAAAAACAUCGUUCUGGAGGAGGGAAGCAGGGAAAGAGUAGGAGGCUGUGGAAUAAGGUGAAGUAUCAGCUGGUGGAGUACCAUUCUCUGCCUAGUUAUCUCAAAGACAACGAGUACAUACUCAGGCAUUACCGCUCCGAAUGGCCAUUGAAGCAGAUUUUCCUUAGUAUUUUCUCCAUUCACAAUGAGACGCUCAAUGUCUGGACCCACUUGGUUGGGUUCUUCCUUUUUCUUGCUCUGACAAUAUACACAGCAAUGAAGGUGCCUAAGGUUGUGGACCUUCAAUCUCUGCAACAUCUGCCAGAUGUAUUUAGGAAAGCUGAUCUGCACAAGAUUCAGUCUGAACUUUUAGCUUGCCUUCCUUCGCUACCUCAUCUUUCGGAUUUGCAAAAACUUAAGGAUGACUUGAGGACCUCCUUGCCUUCCAUGGAUUUGCUUCCAUCACUAUCUCGCUGGCAUCUUCUGGAGCUUCUCUCAAGCUGUUUGCCUCAGAGAUUUUCCAAUGCUAACAAUACCAAUUGGAGUAUGACAGAGGAAGUAGCCAACAUGAUUGCACCACUUCUGGUGAGGCCAAUCCCCCGAUGGCCAUUUUUUGCAUUCCUAGGAGGAGCCAUGUUCUGCCUUCUUGCCAGCAGCACAUGCCAUCUUCUCUCCUGCCACUCCCGGCGUCUGGCGUACAUUAUGCUACGACUCGAUUACGCUGGUAUCGCCGCUCUCAUCGCUACCUCAUUCUAUCCUCCAGUCUACUACUCCUUCAUGUGCAAUCCCUUCUUCUGCAAUCUCUACCUAGGCUUCAUAACAAUUCUCGGCAUCGCCACGAUUUGUGUUUCCCUCUUUCCUGUCUUCCAGAAUCCAGAAUAUCGGGCUUUGCGGGCGGGGCUUUUCUUCGGCAUGGGUGUGUCAGGGGUGGUGCCUGUGAUCCACAAGCUGAUCUUAUUCUGGCACAGGCCUGAGGCACUCCACACAACAGGGUAUGAAAUACUAAUGGGAGUCCUAUAUGGGCUAGGUGCUCUGGUCUAUGCCACAAGAAUUCCAGAGAGAUGGAUGCCAGGUAGAUUUGAUAUUGCCGGGCAUAGUCACCAACUCUUUCAUGUGUUAGUUGUUGCAGCAGCAUACACACACUACCGUGCAGGGCUCGUCUACCUCAAGUGGAGAGACUUGCAAGGAUGCUAAUUGCAGAAACACGCAAGGAUCAAUUCGGUAAAACAUCGAUCAAGUCCAACAUUGUAUCAUCACCAUUUGUGUUAGAAUAUUUCAGAAAAACACCAAAGUGAAGCUUUGUUCAUCACACCUAUUCUACAUCCCGAAAGGAAUCAUAAAUGUUGUGCCACUCUUCUAAACUGGCAAUCAUCUGCAUUUGUAAUGCACUAAACAUUUCUAUUAUAUAGUUUGUCAAAACAGAGUACAGAGAUUAUUAUGCUGUAUUAACAAAUGCUUUUCUUCAGACAGAAUCAUGUUCAAUUACUUAUUCUUCUUUAGCCA